AUGACCGCACAAUCCUACGCUGGCUUCUUAUUUGGCGUGAUUACCAGCACGUUUGGUGCGAAUCCGGAGCCAACUGUAACCGCUAGGGAGGAAAGAAGAAGGAUAGCGGCUUCCAAGCCGAAGCCAAAGAGUACUAGAGUGCGUCGUCGGCAGUGGCCGACGAUGCCCGGCUCCUCCCGCGCUCUGACUCCGGAACCGCUCCCAGAGCCUGCUCAACCCACAGUGCUGGAGCCACCGAUGAAGCGGCGGCGACUCUCCAAGGAAGGCUUGUUGGCGAUCGACGAGGUGAUUGAGAAGCUGGAGCAGGAGAUUGCGGUCCUGAAAACACAUUUGGCGAGGACCAACCAGGCUCCUCGCCCAGGUUUCAAGCUACCUGAGCGUGUAUCCGAGAAAACGAGGACGCAGAAUGAUAGUCGUUCUUUGAUUGCCCCUCGACGAGACAUGAGCCACGUAUUCGAUGAGCUCAAGCAUGUACGCUUACGUAGAAUUGAUACAUCCGUUAUUCCCACACAACCUCGGCGAAUCAUUCGGACUAGCCCUACGCAGCUCUUCUCGCAAGAGCUUGAGGAGGCUGUUAAGAAGUCCUCGCACCGUAGACAUAAUGAAGAUCCCAUACCUUCCUUCUGCGCAUGGGGAGCUGGCUUGCGUUAA